AUGGCGGCCAACGCCCCCACUACCGUCGCAAAUGGCGGUCCUCCUGCCCCGGCCGGAAACAAGUCCAACAUCCAGUUUGGCUUUGAUUCUCCCUCCGUCGCCCACAGCACUCCUCAGUCCGGCAACGCUGCUCCCAUCCCCAUUCCGGCUGGAAACGCUGCCGCCCGUGUGCCUUCUCCUGCUCACUCGCCCUCCCCCAUCCCACAGCCUUCUGCUAGCGGCGGUCGCCCGCCUUCCAUGCAGUCUGGUGGCCAGAUGACUUUCGGUAGUCUCGGCAGCGAUGGCGAGCGCCACAUGAGACAGGGCUCUGUCCCUCCCAAUCCCAACGCCAUUCCCACCCAGCCUGGUGCUCACUUCCGACGUGAGUCGACCAAUUCUCUGCACGGCGACAACAGCCGAGGCAACUAUCAGGGCGGACGCGGACGUGGCUACAACAACCACCACAACAGUUACAACAACCAGAUGGGCUACCCCCCCAACAACCAGUUCCGCAACGGUCAGGGCCGUGGCAUGCCUCCUGCUUUCCAGCCUCAGGGUCGCGGCAUGCCCUACCCCAACUCGCCUCAUCAGCCCAACCGCAGCCCGGCCCCGGUCUCCUCCAUGCCCAACACACCCAACAUGCCUCCCGCCAACAUGCACGGUCACAUGCAGACGCCUCCUCAAUACCACUACCCGCCGCCUAUGGCUCCUCAGCAGCAACAAAACUACGGCUAUCCUCCCCAACAGGUCGACCAGUACGGUCGUCCUAUCAACAUGGCCUAUGGCUACAACAAUGUCCCCCCUUAUAUGGGUGGUCCUCCCCAGGGUAACGCUGCCUACGGCCAGCAGUAUCCUCCGACUUUCCACCAGCAGAGCGCCAGCAUGUCCCGCAGCCCCUCUCAGCCAGAGCGUCCCUCCAGCGCCAGUCAGCCUAACCAGCCUGUCGUCGUCUCCUCCGGUCAGGGCCAGGGCGCGAAUGCCACCAAAGGUGCCACCAACUUUGUCAUGCCGCGCAAGAGCGCUGCUAUUCAAAUUAAAAACCCCGCUGGUGGUGUUGUAGAAUUCAAGGCUCCCGCCUCGCCUGCUCCCCAGCAGGUUCGAACUCCUCCGGUCGCCGCUUCGACUCCCACUCCUCCACCUGUCAAGCCAAGCACUCCUUCUCAUACCCGCAGUGACAGCCAGGCCGCCCCCAAGACUGCCAAGGAAAUCCAGGAUGAGCUCAAGGAGAAGAUCAAGCGCGCUACUCAGCAGUCCACUGCGGUCGAGGAGCCUGCUGUCGCCAAGACUGAGACUCCCGCUGCUAAGCCCGCCGAGACUCCCAAGGCCGAGCCUGCCGCCAAGGAGGAGCCCAAGGCUGUCGAACCUGCCAAGAAGGAUGACCCUGAAGAGGAUGAAAUGGAACGCAUGAUUCGUGAGAUGGAAGAGGCUGAUGCCCGCCGCGAAAAGGAAGAAGAAGAGCACCGCGUGCGCCGUGAGGCCGAGAAGGCCGAGGCCAAGAAGAAUGAGGAGGCCAACCGCAAGGGCAAUGCCGAAGAGGCGGACCGCAAGCUGCGGGAGCAGGAGCGCGAGAUGGAACGUCUCGAAGAGGAGCGCGAGCGCAAGCGCAACGAGGCCGAGAGCUCCGGCAAGCUUGCCGACAUGAAGAUCGAGACCGACAAGGCUGUCGAUACCAAGAACCCGGAGAAGCGCGCUGCUAAGCCUGCUGCUCUUAACCUCGCCCCUAUCAAUACCAAACCGGUUGAGCCUCCGCAGCCUACGCCUGCUAUGCAGUCCCUCAAGUCUGCUCGCUUCCUCCAGGUCAUGGACCAGGAUGUCUACCCUGCUGGCAUCAACUCGCCUAACCCUGCCCUGAACGCUGCUGUUGCUAAGAAGGGCAAGACGUUUAGAUAUGACGCCGGCUUCCUUCUGCAGUUUCAGAAGGUCUUCACUGAGCAACCCUCUAUCGAGUUCCACCAGCAGGUCAAGUCCCUCAUCGGCGAUGGUGACGGCAACCGCUCCGCUUCCCGCACUCCCGCCUCUGGUAGUAAUGCUAGGCAAGGCUCCCGUGGCGGCAACAGCUUCCCUGGCGGUCCCUUCAAUGCGCCUCCCGGCCGCGGUGGCAUGCCCGGUGGUGCCCUUGGUGGCAAGCCCGGUAUGAACCCCAUUGCUUCCUUCAACCGCCCUGGCGCUCCUUUCCCUGGUCCUGCCGGCAUGGCUCGCUCUGGUUCCCAGCGCGGUGCUGGCCCCAACUCUCCUCGCCAGAGCAGUCGCCAAACUCGCGGCAGCCGCCGUAACGAUGUCCAGGCUGCUAAGACCAUGCCACUCACUGCCGGCCAGGAGGUCAAGCCUAUUGCUGUCACGGCUACUGGAUGGAAACCCACUAGCAUCGGCAAGAGUGCCGUGGCCAGCUCUGCUGUCAGCGCUGGAUACCUCGAUCCUGAGAUGGUUCAGCGAAAGGUCAAGGCUGCUCUGAACAAGAUGACCCCCGAGAAGUUCGACAGAAUUGCCGACCAGAUUCUUCUCAUUGCGUCGCAGUCCAAGGAUGAGUCGGACGGCCGUACCUUGCGCCAAGUUAUUCAGCUUACUUUCGAGAAGGCUACCGACGAGUCCCACUGGGCUUCCAUGUAUGCCAAGUUCUGUAAGCGCAUGCUCGAGACCAUGAGCCCCGAGGUUCGUGAUGAGAGAAUCAAGGACAAGAAUGGCAACAUUGUCAGCGGUGGCAACCUCUUCCGCAAGUAUCUCCUCAACAGAUGUCAGGAGGACUUUGAGCGUGGUUGGUCUGUCAACCUGCCCGAGGCUCCCAAGGAGGAUAAGGAAGCGGAAGAUGCCGACGGCAAGAAGAACGGCGAGGCUGAGCUCAUGUCCGAUGAGUACUACCUGGCUGCCGCCGCCAAGCGUCGUGGUCUUGGUCUUGUUCAGUUCAUUGGUGAACUCUACAAGCUCGGCAUGCUUACGGAGCGCAUCAUGCACGAGUGUGUGCACAAGCUCGUCGACUACAAGGGUAUCCCUGACGAGGCUGAGGUCGAGUCUCUGUGCAAGCUGCUGAGAACCAUCGGUGCUAACCUCGACGACACUGAGAAGGGCCGUCCCAUGAUGGAUGCCUACUUCGCUCGCAUCCAGACCAUGGUUGACCUUCCCGAGCUUCCCAGCCGCAUCAGGUUCUUGCUCAUGGACAUCAUUGACCUGCGCAGGGCUGGUUGGAGAGGCAAGACUAGCGGCCUGGCUCCCCCCAAGACUCUGGACGAGAUUCGCGCCGAGGCUGAGGCUGCUCAGGCUGCCAAGGCCCAGGAGUCUGCCAGAAGCAACCAGCGUGGUGGCGGCCGUCCUCCUGUCGGCCGUGGCGAUGCCCGCCAAUUCUCUGCUGGCUACACCCAGCAGACCAGCAACCAGGUUGGUAUGGAUGACUUGAGACGUCUCAAGGGCUCCAUCAACAGAACCGCGAGCCAGAACGUCACUCUGGGCCCUACCUCGAUGUUCUCUUCUCGCAGCAACAGUGGUCGCCGUAUGGGCCCUGGUGGCUCUCUCGGCCGUGGUGAGGACUCUGCCAUGUCUUCCCGCGCCGGCACUCCUCCCACUCGCGAAAACUCCAAUACCUUCAGUCUCUUGGCCAAUAUGGACUCCGAGAACCCUGCCUCCCCGCCUUCCGCCGCUGCUUCCCCGGCCCUGUCAAAAGCUGUCCCCGACAGUGGCAAGAAAGAGAGCGAAUAA